CAAUUUUCAAGUGAGGACUGAAGAGUGAAGUGAGGUGUUUCAAUGUUGAAAUUUGAGGAACUCUUUCAUUUUGCAAUCACGAGUACCUCAAACGAGGCGCCUCAUGAGUGAGGGACUCAUCUCUAAAACGUGAAUCGUGAUAAAAAUUAAAUAUUUAAGACCAAUGAAGGCCUAUACUAUUACGUUUAUUCGCUGAACUUCUAAAACUUAAAAGAAACAGCUUCCGUAUUAUGGCACUAUCAAAGAAUGCGCGUUACGUAUUAUUUCUAGGCAGUUUUGUGGGGCUAUUGGGUAUAACUUUGUAUCCUAUCGCUGUAAGCCCUAUGAUGGAUUCCACAGAAUACAAAAAGCUACAAAAAGUCAAUAGAAAAAAUAUUAGGCAAGAAGACAUUCAACCAGGAAAUAUGAAGGUUUGGUCAGACCCCUUUGAUCGUAAAAAGCCAGAAGGAGAAUAAAGAACCAUUUUAUUAUGUAGUUUGUUAUUGAAAUAGAAUAUGGAUUUAUGUAAAUAUAUUUAAUUAAGUUAUUA